UUCUCACUGCCUCAGACAUCCGUGAUAUCCACACUUGAGUCAAUUACCUUUGUCUUGAUUGUUGCAGUGCUGCUGGUCUAAAAGAUUGCUGCUAAAAGCAAAGUGCGUUAGCUAGCCCGCUAGCUAACAUAGCUGCGCUAGCUUGCUAUCGCGGCUAUGGCUUUUUCCCUAAAGAAGAAAAUCGCUGACUAGCAUUAGGACUACUAACACGACUAUGUCAUAGCUUGUGUUUUUCUUUUAGAACAGGGUACGUUUAGUUGUAUUCAUAACGUGGUGUUUUCUAAACUGACCGUCGUUCGGAAUACCACAAGUGCUAGCGCUACCUUAGCGCUACACGGUGCAAGGGUGUACAGGUUACCGUAGAAUUUCUUCUGAACAACGUGUAUCAUAUUGGCAAUGAAUACUUGUGUUAACGUUAACAAUUGUGCUGGCUAGUAGUGCUACUGUUAUGUGUAUAAGAUGCUUGAGUUAUUUGUAGUUGUGGAAAGCUGCGUGGUAACUAUAUGGCGACUAAGCUAGCCAGCUGCCUUCCGCCCUUUGUGACAAAAUCUUGACCUGCAGUAUAGUUCACCCAUAUGCUAAAGGCCAAUUGCCAGGCUGACGGGUUGAUUUAUUUUUUUUUCUUAAACCGACAAACGAUUUGUCAUGUCUGUUUGUCGUCGCGGCUACUGGACUGGACUGUCGUGCUCCUUGUCUUUAUUGCUUGCUGUCUGGUUGGAGUCGGAAAAUUUGCUCGGUUUCGACGAAAAAAGGAGAGAAAAAAAAUGGCCAACACUGGAGUUAGGUGGGUCUAUAAUUUAGCCUCGUCUGGUUUCCUAAAACAGCAAGCGCCCAACCAUUUAGCCAUGUGGGUUGAAGUGAAAUGAGGAAAUGCAUUUCGGGAGGAAGUUGACUAGAGCAGCUGUGACACUAAAGGCCGCGGCACAUUCCCAUGCCUCUCAGUUUUCAAUUUAUGACCUUCCACUGAUUUGAGGCUCCCCUCUGGUAGUAAAUUCUAGUGGGCGGCUAAUACAAGUGAAUAGCCAUCCUACCAACAGGGCGGAUGAGUCAAUCAGUAACUGGUGUAACAGGGUUUCUGUGUUGACUUGAGCCGUACCUAUAUGGCGUGUGUGAGCGGAGAGUUCUGCCAGGCACAGCACCUCACCUCUGUGGAGAAGUGAAUCGGCCGCCCCCCGAGGGACUACGCUACCCAGAAACCCCCCUGACUGCCAGCGCACUAGGAACUGCUGACUUUUCCCAAAGGCCCUCUGGGAUAUUGCGUAGCCCUUGGCCUGAUUGCUCUGCCCUGUCCCUACCGAAUACGAAAAACCUUUGCUUUCUACUUUCUUCUUGAACAGCCAAUCACAAACAGCUCUCCUGAAUGGGCCGUCUCGCCAACAUGAACCGCCCCGCUGCAGUUGAGAUUGUCUACGAGCGCAUGAGGUUCCUCAUCACCCACAACCCCACCAACGCCACACUUAACAAGUUCACCGAGGAACUGAAAAAAUUUGAGGUGAACACUCUGGUUAGAGUUUGUGAUGCCACCUAUGAUAAGGCUCCAGUAGAGAAAGAGGGGAUACAGGUCUUGGACUGGCCUUUUGAUGAUGGUGCCCCUCCUCCCACCCAGAUCGUGGAUAACUGGCUCAAGUUGCUCAACACCAAAUUUCGAGAGCAACCCGGCUGCUGCAUUGCCGUACACUGUGUGGCAGGCCUCGGACGAGCUCCAGUCUUGGUGGCCUUAGCCCUCAUUGAGUGUGGGAUGAAGUAUGAGGAUGCUGUGCAGUUCAUAAGACAGAAGAGACGUGGAGCCUUCAACUCCAAACAGCUUCUUUACCUCGAGAAAUACAGACCCAAAAUGCGUCUGCGGUGCAAGGAUAGCAUCUGCUGCGUUCAGUAGGCUGCCUGUCAGUGCGUCUUUCUUGUGCACAUCUAGUGGGGAAUCUUCCGAUAACGGGAGAGAUUUAAAAAGAAAAAACAAAACAAAACACGGAGAGUGCUAUCAGUAAUUAUUGUGAUGAUUUGUUAACACUGAGUCAUGGUUAAUUGAGAAGGAAGCGAGUGAUCAAAUGAAUGAGUCCAGAUCUGGGGAUCCACCAGCCGAACCAAUGAAUGGAAGGUUAAAGCACACAGAUAGGCCCGCCACCCGGUUUAUACUGUUCAACCACGGGCCAGAAUUUUUCAACUUGAGUCCAUCCUGUCUCUUAUGGGGUUUUUAUUUGACUUUUUUUUUUUUUUUUUUUUUUUUUCCAGUUUUAAUCAUGGGAUAACAGUUUCCAUUUUUUGUGAAUGUUUAUUUUUACACAAAUGUGGUGAUGAAAUUAUAUAUUCUCAUUUUGAUUUCCACUAUUGAUAUUUUAUAAUUGGGCCAGAACGACAUACUUUUUUUUCUUUUUUUUUCUUUUUUAAAACACAUUGUGACUGUGUCUUUUUUGCACAAAACUCAAAGGUUCACCUGAAAAAUGCAGUAAUGUUUUUUUUCUUCUUACCCUUCACUUGCUUUAAUGUCACUUUCAGUUUAAGGGGUCACUGAGUUUGAAUAUGUCUGUAAUAUUUAUUCACAAGAUAUGUGUGGCAGUUAAGAGUUUGGCAGGGGCAAGGACACUUUGUCAUCCAAUAGUUUUAGUUUUAUCUGUUUGAGAGCCAUGUCUUUUUUCUUCUUCUCUCUCUCUUUUUUUUUUUUUCUUUUUCUUUAAAUCUUGUUGGAGUGCAAUAAUCAGUCCACCUCAGAUAUGUCCGCCAAACCCUGCUGAGUGUCCUACGCACACAUACACACGAACUUCAGAUUAUCAUCCAGGCCGUUUUAAAAAAAAUAAAAAACAAAACAAAAAAAAAUACAACAAAAAACAAAUGUAACUACAACAGGUACUUGUAAUUUCAUUCUCUCUCCCUUCUGGGGCUACAAUAGGACUUUUUACAGGUAUGCGUAUUUAAACUCUUACACAGAGCCUAAGAUUCAAUCUGAAAGUCAAGCUGGAGAAGAAUGAAAGUGGUCAGUUUUUUUAAUCAUUGUACCCAUUUUGAAAACAUCCCCAAUUCAUAUUGGUUCUUUAAAGAUAAAUAAAUUCAAAUAAAAAGCAAACUUGUCUCCUUCCCACCCCCCCGAGGUUGUCACAGUCUGAGUGGGCACGGGCGUGAUGUGUAGUGAAAUGGGUGUUUCGUAUGGUGCUUGUGGCAGAUAAGAAGUCCCUGCCUAAAUGCCGCUGUCCUAAAAGUUCACUUCAACCAGAGGAGCUUGUAAGAGAUCCAUCUAAAAGGAAACCAUGGGAAUGCAUGGUUUCCUUUGUUUGGAGCAGUGAAGCCUAAUUUCAUUUCCUGGGCCACAUGCAACGUACUUUGAGCUUAAAUGGGAAGUCAGUGUAAAGACGUUUCACCUACACAAUCCCUGAGAUAUCUUUAUAUAAUAUGCAUUUAAAAAGAAAUCUUAAUUUCUUUAUUAGUAAAUUACUUUGUUCUUUAGAAGUAGGAAAAGCUGGAAAAUGUAUGAGGGAAAAGGUUUUUCAAAACAAUUCAGUGGCUGAAUUAGAGACUUAGCAGGACCAGUUCUGGCCCCCAGGCCUUGUGUUUAACGGCUUAGAAUAAAGUUCAGGGGGAGGGGUUGUACAUCCUGUUGGAUUGUGCGGUUGUCUUGUUGGGUUUGCAAGGCUGCAGUGUUUCUGGUCUUCCUGUGUAUCUGGCUGAUAUCAGGGGAAGGGUCCAGCUGCAGUCCCGACAAACCCCCGAUCCCUCUUUACCCAUACUUGAUUCCUUACCCAUGCUUUUUGAAAUACCUGCUUCAUUAUGCUAAAGUAUGACACACUUGGAUAUCACAGGAUAUCUAAACCAAAACUUCCUACUUCCUGUGCCAGUCAUUGUUAAAAGUUCUGGUAUGAAGAUGGUGUGCAUUUAAAAUCAACACAUAACAGUCAAUGGGUUUGAAAUGUAAUGUCAGACAGUGCCAUCCAGGAUGAGUCAGUACUUCCAGAGGCAUAUAUGAGACACAUCACAUUCCAAGGAUCCUGAAUUGAAAUCCAUGGAACAAUUCUGUAACAGUAGAGGUGGUGGAAGUUCUCCCAGGGCUGCGGAAAGCUUUUUAAAAGCUUUUUUUCUUUGUCUUUUCUCUGAUUGGUGAUUCUGUACAUGUAUUUUUAUGUUUUCACUUAAAAUGACAAGUGCCCAAAGGUGUUACAAACAUAGGUGCUGAGGUGAGACUUGCUUUUAGAAUGGCUUUGAUACACACUUUGCCUACCCACACAUUCUCCAUAUUUUUUCACAUGUGGGUAUUGGUUUAGUCAUGUGGUAAAAAAUUACAUUUUAUUUGGAAAAUUCAGAUGUUUAAAGCAAAAUGUCAUCUUUGUCCCCCCCCCUUUGUUUUUGUGUUUUGUUUUUUAAACUGAACAACAACGCCGGCUCUCACCUUGCACUUAGUGAUCAACGCAAUCAGUGCUUCCGAGACAGUAUGUUCUCAUUAGACAUGUCUGUCAAAGGAACUCCCCCAUGUCCUUUCCUCAUCUGAGAGUGAGUCAGCACCACGUGGAAAGCACAGGACACCGAGGUACCGAGCGAUGACUCACAAUCUCAAGUGGUAAUCACGACUCCUGCCAAUACCUCAAACAAUUGAAAGUGCCCCCUCUGCUGCUGAAACGGUGUCAUGGCGUGAGCAGUGAAGUCGUUCCACUCACGCUGAGAGCGAUGACAGUUCAUUGGUAGUUGCAAUGCGUCUCUUCCUCCUUUUUACUUUUGCAACAACACAAAUUGGAGAUUAAAACACGACUUAAAACA